AUUCACACACUGGAGGUUUCAUUCACGCACUGGAGGUUUCAUUCAAGUUUUAGAGGGGGCGGGAGAAGGAAACGGACACGUGCAAUUUGACAGCGAACCGAUGGACAAGCAACUGAUCCCCGACACCACGAACGCAGAGCAAGUGAACCAUUUAUAUCCAUCACUGCCGAUCUCAGCAAGGCUGAACGGAGAGGAGUUGCAUGGAGUUCACAGAGGGGGUGUGGAAAACAUCACACCAGCACCAGCCAGACAAACCAACAUGUCCUCCGCUGAUAUGAGCUCAGUCCAGGCCCAGUUGGACAUGUUGUGGAAGCAGAGAGAAGAGCUUAUCUCCAUCAAUAAUAAAUGGGCGGAUCAGUACAAAGUCAUGACACAGUAUUACAAAGCAAAGGUCAGGGAGCAACAACCUUCGGCCAAAACCAGCCAGCCAACCCAUCCACUAAAUGAAGAAAUGUGCCAAAACGGAGUGGAACAAAAUGUACAAGAGAAAGACGUAAAAGAAGAGACAAGUGAAGAGAAAAUAAUGAGUCACACAGACGCAGAGCAGCUCAGGGUGCAGAACGCACACUUGACCAGAAGGGGGCAGCACCAGCACCAGGAGAUACGACGUCUUAAUCAGGCCUUACAACAAUCUCUUGAGAGCGGUUUCGUCUGGGGGGAAUCCAGAGAAGAUCCAAAAGACAAUGUUUGGAAACAUCAGGCUGAGGUCUACAAAGAAGACUUUCUGAAGGAGAGAAAGGACAGGGAAAGGCUCAAGGGCAAGCUCAUGGAGAUGGAGAAAAAGUACAGGAAGACCCACAGCGAGCUCCACACUCUGAAGUCCAAGAUCACAUGGGCUCCAGUCCUAGCUCCACCUGUCGCCAUGUGUGACUGCCCAAACCGAGCGCCCCCAGGCAACAACUACAACACAUAUCCUCACACUGAGCCCCAGCAGAUCCACAACCACACACCCCGGUCUACCUCCUGACCGGCCCAGACCGCCUCGCUCUGACACCAUUAGGGCCUAAAGACCUCAACUUUAACCACUGUGACAUCUUAAUCAACCAGGGAUUACCUCGAUCACGUCUACCUUUGAAAUAAUACUGCAUGCACUUUACGGUCUACUUUCACUCAGGUCUUACUGUUGUACUAACCGCUCAAUUGGCGUGUGUGUUUGAGUGUGUUUUUUUUAGAUAUAUAUUGAACCAAAAGUUACACAUUAUUAAAGGUGAACUUUAUUCAAAACUUUCAUGGCGGUGUAAUGUUGUACUUAACUCACUUGGGUUUGCUGUACAUUCCUGAGUUCAAAGCCCAAUGUCCACAGUUUACCUCUAGGCGUUGUUGGGCAAGAUACCUUAACUCUACCUGCCCUUCAAUGGAAUGCAUCUUAAGAUACUAUAUUACUGUAAGCAGUUUUAGAUAAACGUGUCUUCUAAAAGACUAAAUCGUUAAAAUAGUACACACCUAUACUAUUAUUAUAUUGUGUGAAAUAAGGCCAAUCAGAGCUCUUUGUUCGCUGGCUAGCAAGAGGGCAGUAUUCCGUGGGGGUUCCCUUUGAGGAAGUGGGCCUGGUUCUGUUUUAGGCUAGACUAACCCUUUUUCCAGGAAGACUUCGGUGUGGUCGUAAAGAAGACAUUCCACCAACGUCGGGACAUUGGGCGAAAAUAAUAUUUUUAUAAAUUGCUACAUUUGUUUAUGAAGUUCCUACUAUUUAACUGCUAUUUCGUAGUUUAGCAGACAAUUUCGUCCAUAGUUAUUGAAAAAUGGGCAGUCAAAAUAAAUGAUGACAAUAAUUCAGCUGUCCUUUCAAACUUUCUGUCUAUAUUGUAAAGACCCUAAGGGCAUCAAUGAAGCAUAGAGUAGAUGCUGUUGAGAUGUACACAUAGCCAGCACGUGCAAAAUUGGCUUUGCAGGUCAUUGCAGUCCUACUGAGCGCCUCCUCCUGUCCUGUCACAAGUCCUUUGGUAAAUUUCCAAAUAAAAUAAACAUCAACCAAAGAUUUUUGGCAAGGUCAUUAGUAAGCAAACCGUGCAUACGGUCAGUGUUAUCGCCCAAGUCUUGCUGUGAUUGCUGCAAUUCAGCUAUAAGCAUAUAACUGUAAUUACACUAAUGCAGCUUGUUAGCCUGAACCUAUGAUAACAUAAGACUUAAAACAUGUUUGAAACAACCUCAACACUGAACUAUAUUUCACUCAACUUAAAUUAUUAGGUAUUCACAGAGUAUCUGUAGAUACAUAUUUAUAUUCUAAGGUUUAUGUAUUAUUAUAUUGGAUUUGUAAACCUAAAGCUAAGCCCCUGAUUGUUAUGGAACAGAACGUGGGGACCCAAGUGCUGGACACAGGAAGGCAGAGACGGGGUAAAGGGAACGGGAUUAU